AUGUCGUACGAAUCUGCCGCCGCCUCGAACCCGUCCCUCGCUGCCUCAGCCUAUAUGGUUCCCUCCUCAGCCGCAUAUUCAUCAGAUGAGGAUGUUGCUUCGCUACCUUCCGAACCCACCACUGAAUCCGACCUGGAAACCCUGUCAGAUGACUACUCAGAUGCCGAGGAGGAAUGGAGGGAGAGUCUUGAGCAACUAGAGUUGCUUUUGACUAUGGUCCUUGUUCCUUUCGUGGGGAAAUACGUGGGCAAGAAAUGUGCUUACUGGGGCUGGACUAGAUUUAUGGAAUGGAAAUACCCCGUCGAAGUCGUCAUGAGCAACAAGGCUGCCUUCAGGGGGACCACUGCUGUUGAAGCUGCCUCUCCUCUGUGA